AUGAAUUUAAGUAUUGUCCAAUCUAGAAGAAAAAACUUCCUCUCUUCUACACUAAAGAUUAUAUAGUCUAAUUUCUCUCAAGAGCAUUUUAUAUAUAAAGCACCCUUUUGAAGCAGCAGCAGCAGAGAGAAAAAUGGAAGGCCAACAACAGCUAAAAAAGUCCAAGGUUGUGAAAAUUGAGUCAUGGGAAUCAUGGGAACAACACAUCACUGAUGCUACCACUAAAGGCUACCCUGUUGUGGUUCAUUUCUCUGCUUACUGGUGCAUGCCUUCUAUAGCUAUGAAUCCUUUCUUCAAAGAACUGGCCUCCACCUAUCAAGAUGUUCUCUUUCUGAACGUGGAUGUGGAUGAAGUUAAGGAAGUUGCCUCCAAGUUGGAAAUCAAAGCCAUGCCUACCUUUUUGUUGAUGAAUGGAGGAGCUCCAGUGGAUAAAACUGUGGGUGCAAAUCCUGAUGAGAUAAGGAAAAGGAUUGAUCGAUUGAUUCACCAAACUCAUUACUCCAAUUCAAUAUGAUGCAUGAAAACAUUGAACAGAGUUUGCCACAGAUGUAAAUGAAGGGGGAAAAAAAAUGAAUAGGAUUUAUUUUAUUUCAUGUAUGUUAUAAAGUCCAAGUACUAAUACUGGUUGAUCAUUUAUUGUUUGUAAAAUAUUUGGUGUGAACAUGGAAUAGUGUGGAUUUGAUAUGGCAAGUUGUUGUAUUGUAAAAGGGUGUUUUAGUGCAUUGAAUUCAUAAUGCAAUUUUUCUCUUUUAAUAUUCUUUGUAGUCAUAUGCAGUUUCAAACCAAUUAG